ACGUACCUAUUUCGAGCACGUGCUAUCAUUGGGGUGCAAGUGCAACCCGAUCGUCGUUAACCAUUCGUUUCUAGUAUAUUUGAAGAAAAACCCUAAUCUCAUCAAAAUCGGAUUUACGCACACCAGAAAGAAAGGAAAGGAGAGGAAAGGAAAGGAAGGAAGGAAGGAAGAAAGGUGUGGUCUUUUUCGUCCCUUUCCUCUUUACUUAAUUGUCCAAAAAAUUCUCCAUAGACAUCUUCCAAGGUUGAACCUAGUAACUUCACUGUUUGGCUGCCGAUCCCUUCAUUUCUUUCUCCCAAUCUCACGCUUGCCUGCCUAUCAGACAGACUCAAUGGCAGAGAAGACGAUCAAUAACGGCGUGGCAUCGGACGCUGAAGAUCAGGCCGCGGAAAACUUUUAUGAUAUCAACGACACUAACAACGGCGACACCAAAGUUUCCGAGAUGACGCGGAAGAUCGAAGCUUUGGAGAACGAGAAGCUCCGGCUGGUUCGUGACAACGGGGAAAUCAAGGACCAAAUCACCAACCUUACAUCUGAGAUUGAAGGAUUAAGUACCGAGAAUGAGCAAUUGAGGAACCGAUUGGGAGAAUUGGAGGGACAAGUGGCUGAAUCAGAACAAGGGAAAAGGGCUCUCGAAUCAAUUGCUGCGAGAGCCGUGGAUCUCGAAACAGAGGUUUCCAGGCUUCAGCAUGAUCUUAUCUCUGCGAUGAGUGAUGGAGAGGAAGCCAAUUCCGAGUUAGCAGAGUUAAAGAAGGUUUUGGGAGAGAAAGAAAGCAAACUUGAGGGUUUGGAGUCGGAGGUGGAGAGUUUGAAGAAAGCAAAUGCUGAGAGCGAAAAGAAAGUGAGAGAAUUGGAGAGGAAGAUCGGGAUUUUGGAGGUGAAGGAGAUUGAGGAGAAGAGCAAAAAAAUUAGGGGGGAGGAGGAGAUGAGAGAGAAAAUCAAAGAAAAAGAGAGCGAAAUCAGUGGUUUCAAGAAAAAAAUUGAGGACUUGGAGUAUGGAGUCGCCCAAAAUGGGGUGGAAUUGGAGAAGAUUACGGUAGAUAAGAAGGUUUUAGAGGAGGCGCUGAGGGAGUCAGAGGAAAAGGUGAAGGCAAUGGAACUGAAGAUGGUGGAGCUGCAAAGCGAGGCUGAGGAGGCUGGAAAGGUGAUCAGUGGCUUGAAAGAGAGCACAAUCCAGGCUGUUAAUGGGACUGCUUCUGAGAUAUUAGAGAAUGGAGAAGGUGGAGAGAAGGGAUACAAGGGAUUGAAGGUGCAGUGGCCAGUGGUUGCCUUGGGUUCUACAGGAGCUAUCGCUGCUACAGCUGCUGUGCUCUAUGUUUGCUAUGCUAGGCGGAGAUAGAGAUGAGGUUGGGUUCUAAUUAUGACUUUAGUUUUGUUGGAUAAGUCUCUUGGCAUUGUUUUUGAGCCUACGGGCUCUAGUUUACUAUGAUUUUGGCAUGUCUGUGUUGUUUGCUUGCUAAGCUUUGUAAGCUUUGUAGUUUUUCAUUGGGAAACCUGAAUGACUUAUAUACUUACUUACUUAGACAAGUGUUGCUGAAGUUUGGCCUUUUGUUGCUUUUGAGAUACUGGAUAUGCUAGUUCUCUAA